CUCUCUUCCCUCGGUACUCCUCCUUUUCAUGCUACUUUUCCUUUUCUUUCUUUUAUCUUUACAUUCUCUCUCUAAAACCCACACACUCAAAGCUACAUUUUUUGUGCCUCUGGCAUGAGCAUAUGAACGUUUCCUAUGGGUUUGUCAUGUGGGGAGGAUGAUUUUGAAAAGAAUGAAAGUCAUGGAGUUCCAUUAAUAAUUGAGAGCGGAGAGACUAGAGCCAGGGGUGGCUAUAUGGAUUUACAACAUCAUCAUCAUCCAGUUGAAUUUGAUGUCGAAUUCUGGCCAGUGGAACACCCAAUGGAACCACAGGAUGAAGAUCGUCCCGUCAAAUGUCCAAUGCCAACCUCUUCUGUUAUCAAGAAUGGAAGGGCGCAUGAGGAGAGCUUGGAGAAGAGAGCAGACGACCUACCACUACCAGCAGUAAUGAACAAACAAGGCAUUUUCGUGGUGGCUGCAGAACCCCAAGUCCGAGCAGUGCGUAAGAGGCAUCAUACUCUUACCCGUCCGGACCACCGUGUAAUAGCACCUAAUUUGGCAAGAAUGGCUUCUCUUCCUGCUAUACCAACUCAGAACGUCACCAUUUUUCAAAUGCUUCAAGAAUUCGACAAGUUCGAUCAGUAUUAACAAGGUAAAUAGAAUAAAUUACUUAGGAAUCCCAAGUCUCUGUCCAUCCAUCUUUAAUAUCUUCUUUUCAUUCCAUUGUGGAGUGGUAAAGGAAUUCUUCGUGUUUUUAUAUUUUGGGUUCAAAAGGGAAAGAAAUAUCAUAGAUAUGCAGCGGAUGUCGUACUCAUAUUGUACUAUGAUUUUGGUUUAUAUAUAUUUCUGUAUGAUAUCGUCCA